AUGAAGACUGCGUUAAUUUUAGAUAGUCCUCCAAAGACAUUAUUUGAUGAAAAAAAUAAAGAUCACUGGAGGAUCCAAGCGCAAUGGGUGCUAAAAUUAAAGGCAACAUCGCCAUUGAAUACCAAAAUCGCCAAGAAUGUAAUCCUAUUUCUAGGUGACGGCAUGAGUAUACCAACCAUAGCUGCUACCAGAGUGUACCUUGGAAGGAAAUAUGGUUACUUGGGAGAAGAUGUAAAAUUGAGCUUUGAAAAUUUCCCAUUUACAGGCUUAGCUAAGACCUAUUGUGUUGAUCAUAACGUUGCUGAUUCAGCUUGCAGCGGUACGGCUUACCUUUCAGGAGUAAAAGCAAAUAGUGGCACUGUGGGUUUGAGUGGUGCAGUUAAAAGAGGAGAUUGCGAGGGUCAGAGGGACACUAGAAACUCUGUCACUGGCUUGAUGGAUUGGGCCCAACAAGCUGGAAAAUCUACUGGUAUAGUAACUACUACUAGAGUAACACAUGCGUCACCCGCGGCUGCGUACGCGCACUCUGCGGAUAGGAAGUGGGAAGCGGACGUAGACAUGCCCAGACAUGGCCUUCGUUGUGAGGACAUAGCCAGCCAGCUUAUUAGGGGCCGAGUGGGAAGCAGUAUUGACGUUGUUUUUGGAGGUGGCAGAAAAAAUUUCUAUCCUCGCACUGAGAAAGACAGUAAAGGCCACUAUGGAAUAAGGAAUGAUGGAAGAAACCUGAUUAGAGAGUGGCUUCUUAAGAAAGAAAUCUUGGGCUCAUAUCCAAAAUAUAUUUAUAAUAAGCAAGAACUUUUUAAAUUGGAUGAUAAAUAUGAUAGUGUCCUUGGAUUAUUUUCGUUUGACCACAUGCCUUACCACCUUGAAGCGGAGGAAGACGAUCCUACAUUAAGUGAGAUGACUCAAAAGGCUAUAGAAAUUUUGUCACGGAAAAAUCAGGGCUAUGUGCUGUUUGUGGAAGGUGGAAGGAUAGAUACGGCCCAUCAUGAAACAAAGGCUCGAAAAGCGCUGGAUGAGACGGCAGAAUUUGCGAAGGCAGUAGAAUCAGCUCUACGAAUGGUUAAUCUUGACGAAACUUUAAUAGUGGUGACAUCUGAUCACAGUCAUACCAUGAGCUACAGUGGAUAUAGUAAACGGGGUUCGGAUAUUCUAGGAAUUGCUAAUGCAAAGUAUAAUUCAUCUGAUAACUUACCGUACACUAUUUUGAGUUACGCUAACGGACCGGGCUUCAAAGCUAACACAGACUUCAAGAGACACAACAUAAUGCUGGACGAUAUGAAUGACUUGAACUAUACAUAUCCUUCACUGGUCCCCAUAUCAAGGGAAACUCAUGGUGGAGAAGAUGUAGCGGUUUUCGCUAAGGGCCCAUGGUCACAUCUUUUUAGUGGGAACUAUGAACAAAAUUUCAUUCCACAUGCAAUAGCAUACGCAGCUUGUAUAGGCUCUGGAUUAACUACAUGUAAAUUA